AUGGAUUUGGUACUGCCGCAGACACCGAUGACGAUAAUGUUUGAUGACCAUCAUAAUGCUUGGAUUCUAUUCAUCGGGCAAUUAUCCGUCUCUGUUCAUCUUUUUUAUGGUGCUCUAGAGGCGAUAUCUUCAGUGCCAACUAACACAGACUCAGCACCAAUUCGACAAUUAUUACCACCACCACUUCCGCCACCGCCACCACCAGCAGUUCCAGCAUCUCCGUUUGAAACUGAAGCACAACGGGAGUUGGCACGAAUGUUCCACCUGCCAGCUGAUAUUGUAAGUCGUCUGGCAACCGCAAACAUUCCAUCUAGUGAAAAAUACCCAGAUCUAUCAUUCGUCACUACUGACACGCCUCCCGUUAUCACUAAUGUUCCAGUUGAAAGUUCUCUUGUACCUGCUUUCACCAGAAACGCAGAAGUAGUGCACCCAGCGACAAGCACGAGGAAACCAGUCAUGUCAUCAUCAGAACCCAGCGUUUUCUAUCUUGAGGGAUUUUUACCUGAUUCUAGAGCACCACCACGACUACAGAUUGCUAAACACGAAAGCAAUAAUCAGCAGCAACUGAGCGAAGUUGACGUCUAUGACAAACAGUCAAAUUACGCAUAUUCGCAGUUCAUCAACCCGCCUUCAAGAAACAGAGAUUCAUUUGCUAUAGUGUCACCAGCAGUUGCAGCCGGAAGUCCAACUUUUGAAAUUUCUUCUGACCCUCUGAAGCAGUCACAAAUUAUUCCGCUGAAUGAUCGAUUUGAACUUUACAGUCAUAGUCCGGUUAUACCAAAAAAGUUCCCACAAAGACAAGAAUUUAGGCGAAAACAGAUCAGUUCUAAGAUUUUGGAAGGGCAAAUAAAAAUGCUGAAAAAACUGCCACCGUCGAGCGAUAUUCGACGAUUUCAGAUGCAUGUAGAUGGUGAAACCGAUUAUCUUGGACAAUUGGAACAGUCGCCCAAAGAAGACAUAUCUGUUGCAAAUAAGUUUCCGAAAAGUAUAAGUUACCCAGAACCGGCUUCAGAUUACUUCAAAAGUGCCGUCAUGUCAUCGCUCAGCGAUGAUGAAGUGAUUCCAGAAAUCACUCCUUUGCUGAUUUCGAAUAAUCAAGAUCAACAGAGCUCUGGGUCUCAAUACAACCAAUUCAAGCAGGAUGAGAAUUACGAUGGUGCUGAAGAUGUUAAGAAGGGAACCUGGAAAGUCAGAGAUUAUUUCCGAUCCAAAAUUCAUCGAGUACCACCACAACAAGUGGUGACAGAGCUGCCGAUUACAACACGUAACGUUGUUAUAUCAGUUAGCCGCCAAUUUUGUUCAAAUCUUCGAUCAUUUGCCAGACAAUUUAGCAUCGGAGAUGUUGCGGAAUUUGCUAACACAAACUGUGACUACAUUCGUAACUAUUAUUCGGAGUUACGAUGUUCGGACAUCGAAGAAUAUGCAAAACGUUGCGUUUUGAUAACGCGACGAAGACUGUAG